AUGGAAUCACAACGCCGGCUGUAUUUUAAGAAACAGAUAGUGAAACAAUUUUCUCAACAGAAGACUGAAGUACCUACAAGUGCAGAAAAUGAAUUCAGUAACAAUAAUGAAGCUGAUGAAGAUUGUGUUGUUACACUAUUAGGAAGUCAAUCCUACUAUGACCAAAACCAAAAAUUUGCAUUUGUGAAUACGAUUCCUUCAAACCCAGAUAACAGCAAUGUGGAAAAAGAGUCACAGAAUGAUGAUGACAGUACCAAAGCUCUAUUAGAAGAUAUUACUAACAAAGAUCUAGCCAAAGAAAAGAGUUAUACAAAAAAUAUAGAAGAUAUACGAAUAGAUAUUGAAUUUGAGUCGACUGAGAACACUGAAGAAGUGUGGAAUAAGGAAAACUCCAGUGAUACAUUUCCACAAAAAGAAAACGAUGAUGAUGAUAAACUGAUAUCUAUAAAUGAAAAAAAUUACAAAGAAAAUGAAUCUGAACUUCUUUCUACAUUAACGGAAGUAAUUCCUGAGGGUGAGAUGGAGUUGCUGAGGAAGUCUCUCGAACCAGAUGAAGAUGACAUAGAAGUAGAGAACAAUAAAUCUAAAAAAAGGAACAAAAGAAGCAAAAUUAAUAAAAAUUAUGUCGAUUAUCUCUCUGAAGAAGAGGACUUCGUAUGGGAUUCCUCUUCUUGGAAUGAAACUGGGGAUGAAUCUUCAUCAGACGAAAGCAAUGAACCUCAAAAAAAGAAAAGAAAAGUAAGAGCGGAAGACGGUAAAGUGGGAGAAGCAGGAUUGAAGAAGAAAAAAAAGAAUAAACGCAAAGAAGCAAAAAAACUUGCGAGAAAAAGGAAAAGAGUAUGUGAAAAAAGACGGAAGCAUUGUAAGUGCAAGAUCACU